UCAAAAUUGACACUUUUUUUACAUUUUUAUCCUUACACAGUUUUUUAAACAUUUUUAACUUUUACAUUUUUCAAUUUUACUUUUCAAAAAGUUUAAUAAUUACAAUUUUACCUUUUCCCUUCUUCCUUACACACGUACACGCACGCCACCUCAUAAAUCCUUUCUUUUUCUUUUUUUUUUUUGAAUUUUUCAUCUACCUGAUUCUUCCACUCUUCAAACCGAGCUUCCCACGAUCACCAUUAUCAAGCCCUAACCAAUUUUUUCUUCCCACGAUCACAUUCUCCAAGCCCUCACCCACGUUUUCCUCAACCUACAUUGUCAUCCUCCUCUAUUUUUUCUCUAUAUAAAUGGCAACCACUAGAAGUGGUUCGAAAUCACCAUCUCCGGCGAAGAAAGUUUCUAAAAAAUCGAAGAAGGCUCCAACUGUUACUUCCAAAGUCGAACCUAAAAUGGGGUUAAAAAAAAUUGCUAAAAAUUUAGUGGCUGAUAUUCCAGAGACAUCGGCCUCUAAGAAAAGAGCCCUUCCUGUUAAAGUAGAUGCUCCUAAGACUAAGAGAGCAAAAAUUUCCAAGUCUGCACGCGAUGUUUCCUCAGAUUCUGAUUUUGAGGAUGAAGUGCAUGGUGAGGACCAAAAGCCCAAAGUUGAAUCAAAGGUCCAUGCUAGGACCUCAGUGAAGGUUGAAGGAUUUGACCUACCAAAGAAAAAUCCCCCUAAGGUGUCUUUUUUUUAAAAAAAAAAUAUUAUUUUUAUUAUUUGUUUUCUAUUUUUUUUUUUAGUUUUUUUUGUUUUUGUCCUGAUUUAUUUUGUUUAUAUUGCUACAGGAAUGGGAUUAUAUUUA